GGCGCGGCAGCGAGCAGACGUACCAGCAGUCAGCUGCUCUGCUCCCAGUGCGACGGGCGACCAGAGACUUACUGCCGCCAUGGCGGCAGCCGCCGGACGCCACGGGGACUUCGACGACGUUUGUCCGCGAAGGAAUGUUUCAACUGAAGACAGAAGAAUGCUGAAUUCUCCUUCGACUGCAAGCAGGAAACGGCAUCAGAGGUGGACGCUGAGCUUCGCAGCCUUCGUCGCCGUGGCCUUGCAGACCGUCCACAGCGCCCAAGCGAUGGACUCGCUGCUGGAGCGGCACGACCUGCUGCGGCAGGUGAAGGACUCGUCGCUGGAGACGGAGCCCGGCCUGGACGGCUUCCCCGCGUUUCCGCUCUCGCCCACCACCGACUUCAGCUCGCCGGCCGAGGACUCGCUGCCCACCGAGCUGUACCCAGAGUUCGCGCUCAACGCCGUCGUCAAGCCGUCCGACGACCAGGGCGGCUACCUCUUCUCCGUCACCGAUCCCGGAAAUGAGAAGGUGCUGCUGGGCCUCAAGAUCGGGCCGGCAGAGGGCGACCAGUCCCGCGUGACCAUCGAGCGGGACGGCGAGGAGGCGGCCAGCUUCCUGGUGCCGGCGCUGGGGCAGCGCUGGUCCAAGCUGUCGUUCCGCGUCGCCCCGGGCAACGUGACGCUCUUCCUCAACUGCAAGCAGCACGGCGAGCCCGUGGCGGCCGGCGGCGCGGGAGGGCCGCUGCCCCUGCCGCAGGGCUCCACGCUGCGCCUCGGAGGGCCCAAAGCCUUCACGGGCGUCGUCCAGGAGCUGCGAAUCUUCGGGGACCCGUCCGUGGCUGCCGACAAGUGCGACGAUUCCUUCCUGGGGGCGCUGAAAUCCGUGGAGCCGCAGGAUGACUUCCUCGAGGGCGACGACUGGGACAAUGACGAGGCCAGUACGGGCGGCCCGCCGUUCAUCACGCCGCCUCCUCCGCCAGCACCAGUGGAGAUUCCGGUUCCGGGACCGAAAGGAGAAAAAGGCGACGCUGGCCCUCCGGGACCACCAGGGGAGUCGGUCCAGGGCCCUCCAGGACCUCCUGGACCACAGGGACCGCCGGGCCCCGUUCCAGAGCUGGACCCUGAGAAGCUUCGUGGACCACCUGGACCACCUGGCCCGCCGGGCGUCUGCGACUGCAAGGAAUCUAACGAAACCAUCUACGACGGUUAUCCCAUUGAAGUAGAACCGGCCCCAAUUCCGGGCUUGGAGACAUCCCCGGGUCCGCCAGGGCCCAAAGGAGACACUGGAGAAGCCGGGCCUCCGGGUCCAGCAGGGCCACCUGGACCACAAGGACCUCCAGGGCUUGACGGAGCGGCUGGUCCACCAGGACCCCCAGGACUACCUGGACCGCCCCCAGAUCCGGAGGAGCUCAAGAAGCUGGCGGUUGCCGGACCGCCGGGCCCAGCGGGAGAGAAGGGAGAGGUGGGACUUCCUGGACUGCCUGGAGCGGCGGGCGAGCGGGGGCCGGCCGGCGACGCUGGACCUCCAGGCCUGGACGGCGCGCCUGGACUCCCUGGAGCACAGGGACCUCCUGGGCCUCAGGGUCCUGCAGGACCGAAAGGCGACCAGGGAGCGCCGGGCUUGGACGGCACCCCAGGGAUACCAGGAGCUGACGGCAAGCACGGCGCCAAAGGAGACAGGGGUGAACCCGGAGCGCCUGGCUUGCAGGGUCCUCCAGGGCCCCCGGGACCAGCGCUGGAACCUCCCAGCUUCAAUGAGGUAGCACCAGUUCCAGGACCGAAGGGAGACCGUGGCGAUCCUGGUCCAAAAGGAGAAGUUGGAGCGCGGGGCCCUCCCGGUCACAAUGGCACUGCAGGGGCCAAGGGACCUGCAGGGCCGCCCGGCACACCUGGGGCACAGGGUCCUCCGGGAGCGAAGGGAGACCGCGGGGACCGCGGGCUGCCGGGCGUCCCUGGAGAGGCCGGUCCCCGAGGAGAGCCCGGGCCUCCGGGCGCUGUGGCCGUGGCGGAGGGCGGCGCGCCGCAGCUAAAGGGCGACAAGGGCGCGCCCGGCCGGCGGGGGCGGCGUGGGCUGCCCGGACCGCAGGGGCCGCCCGGACCCACGGGGCCAGCAGGGCCGCCCGGCAUGGACGGAUCUCCUGGACCUAAGGGCAACACUGGAGCUCCCGGGAUACCCGGCCGUGACGGCGUCAAAGGCGACAGAGGAGAAAGCUGCGAAGCUCCCAAGCUGAAGGGCGACAAGGGAGACCCCGGUGUGGGCUUGCCGGGCGCUCCAGGACGGCCGGCGCCGCCCUGCAACUGCAAGACGGCCUACAUACCCGUGCCCGGGCCCCCGGGUCCUCCAGGUCCGCCGGGUCGCCCUGGACUGUCCUAUGAAGGACAGAAGGGGGAGCCAGGGGAACCUUGCAGGAACGGCUUCCGCUUCCUGCAGUACGACGACCCCAGCGCUGGCAAUACAGGUCCUCUGGAGCACGAGAUGUACGGAAACGGCCCACAGUUCCGCCCGCUGGAGGUGAACAGGGAGAGCGAGAAGAAGCCGCACCACAAGGAGCCGGACGUCAAGCUGAUACCCAGCACCAUCUCGUUCCGCACCAGCAACGACAUGUUCCAGGUGACGGAGACGACGCCGCUGGGCACGCUGGCCUUCGUGCUCGCCGAGCAGGCACUGCUGGUGCGGGUGGACCCCGGCUGGCAGUAUGUGCAGUUGGGCCUGACGGUGACAGCGCCGAGCAAGGCAGCAGCCGCCCCCACCCCCGUCACCACCCCGCGACCUCCACCGCCGCCGCCACCACCAGCGCCACGGAAGCGAUUGCUACACCUCAAGGCCAUUAAUUUCGUCGACGAACCCAGUCUGCGCCUGGCGGCGCUGAACGAGCCGCUGGCCGGCGAGAUGCACGGCGUGCGCGGCGCCGACCACGCGUGCUACCGGCAGGCGCGGCGCGCCGGUCUGCGCGGCACCUUCCGCGCGCUGCUCGCCUCGCGCGUCCAGGAUCUCAGCUCCAUCGUGCGGCCCUCCGACCGUCGGCUGCCCGUCGUCAACAUCAAGGGCGAGAUGCUCUUCCACUCGUGGAAAGAAAUUUUCAACGGGAACGAAGGACUGCUGCCCGAGGAUGUAACGAUAUACAGUUUCAACGGGAAGAACAUAAUGAAAGACAGCAUGUGGCCUACCAAGAUGGUGUGGCACGGUUCGAGGCCUGACGGCGAGCGCCGCACGGACGCCUACUGCAACGCGUGGCAGUCGAGCGGCGGCGAGGGGCUGGCGGCGUCUCUGGCGUCGCGACGCCUACUGGAGCAGGCGCGCGCGCCCUGCCGCAGCCGCCUCGCCGUACUCUGCAUAGAAGCCACCAGUCAGCUUUCCUACCGGCGCCGCCGCAAGACAGACGCUGGUGACGGCAGCGGCGGCGGCGGCGGUGGCGUGGCAGAGGGCGGCGAAGGCGUCCGCGAGAAGGAAGAAACCGUCCCAUCGCAGGGGGACAGCGGCAGGAGCGAGUAGUGUCCCCACAAGCUACAAACGAGGCGUCGCCUUAAAGUCAAUCGUGGCGAUAACGCCACAUACUACUUGCACCAGAGGACUAUUGUGAACAAAAACUCAGGUGUCUCUCCUGUUCUAGCUUCGGUCUCUGCCGAACAAAGUUUCAUCGACACGGACUAUCAUCGACACACGGCGAGUGUCCCGAGUGUUUACAUAAACUGGGCAAAAGUAUGUUUACAGUGUGUUUUAAAAUUACGCAGACAGUUUUUCAGUGAGUGUGGAACUUCUACUGUGUGCCAAAUGGACCUUACUAGAUAAUAUUCUUCUCAGGUGUAUAGCCGGAUCAUAACGCCAUCUUGACACAAUAUUUCCGCCGUCCAGCUGGCCGCCAUCUUCAGGUGAGAGUGCUGGUACACGACCUCGCCGGUACUGA